GCCAAUUUGCGUAAAAACACGGCGUCACUCUUCCAGCGAUCCAGGAAGCGUUUUGCCUGCAGGACGGUUUACAGCGUCAAACUGUCUGCAGCGUGCUAGCAAGCAGCUCACGCAUAGCUAGACCGUCCACGUGACCUAACUCACAACUGUCAAGCCUCCAUUUGAAGCAGAGCUGAUCAAAAUUCAUCUCUAUACCGCGGCUAUGCGGACUCUGGUUCCUGUACUUAUGCUUACGUGUUUCGUUCGGAGCUCUUCAAACCAGGACAUCAAUGCAGUAACCUUUCGGCGAGUAGCUCCAGGACAGACAGUGACUAUAUCUAGCUAUCCAAGCUACUUUAGAAUUGACGGCAGUCGUGGAGAAGAAGUCAGAAGCAUUGAGAUAACUCUUACACAGAGCUCCUAUUCAACGACUUCAGACAACAACACAGAACCAGUUAUGUACGUCUCCGCGUCAUUACACGACACCCUGUCACAAAACAAAGACACAAUCGGGUUUUCGUACGUGGAUCCCUUUUCAGAACGAUUCGGUCAACUCGAACGCGUGUCAAUUCCCACCCAAGAAACGACGAUAUACGUGGGAGUGACAUCAGGAAGUGAUAACGCCAACUUGAAAGUGUCAUACUUCACAAAGUCCGCCAAUACCGCAAAAAAGCGAUCCGUUGGACACCCUGCAGCUCCGCCUUUAGUGCCAUGGCACGUUCAACUAACGUACACCUUAAAUGACGGUUCUUCUAGCCACUUCUGUAGCGCUGCCCUAAUCUCCAAAGAAUGGGUUGUUACCGCAGCGCGAUGUUUUCCCAACAGUCUUCAAGUUAAACUAAAAUCUGGAAAUGAGUUUUCAAUCAGACUGGGGGGUCUCAAUGUUGAUGAACGAGAUUUACAGAUAAUACCAUUUGGUAAUGAAGAUUUAUUCGUACACGAACAGUAUGAUUCUGUCACAAGAAAGAAUGACAUCGCGCUUAUUCACCUGCGAGAAUAUGCAUCGCUUUCUCUAGCAAUCCAGACUAUCCAACUGCCCGGUAGAGAAAACAGUAACGCCAUCCAAGGAGGACUGGCAGCCACAUUGUCUGGCUGGGGAAGCAAUAAUCCAUCAGGAGAGUUGUUAGAGGCAAGUGUGUCGGUGUUAGCACCAGCCAGAUGCAAACCAUUUGUUGAAGGCUUGGGAGCAGUGUACGGUGAUUCGGUCCUAUGUACUGAAGGAAUGAAUUCUGGUUCUAUCGAUACUGGCAGUCCACUGUAUGCGCAGUACAAGGGUUUGUAUUUUUUGCUCGGAGUUGCUAGCUACGGUGGAUCGACUGGGACGGCUGCGUACGCCAGUAUGUCUUUCUUCAAGUCGUGGAUAGAAAGGAACUUUGAUUCACCAGACAAGCCAGGUAACUGGUGGAGCGGUGCCACAAAGCUACCACAAGAAUAUCAACAUGGCGGUGCUUUUAUUGAAAGACCUUUUCGCGGAGUUCUCCACACAACCGAAGCUCCAAACUACACACCGUCUACAACAAUGUACUAUGGCAAGAAAGGAAUUGCGCCACAUUUUACAGUGAAUAUCGACCAAUCAGUAGCAAAAGUGUAUCAACAUUAUCCGAUCAGCGUCGCAUCUCGAGCGUUGAAAAGAGUAAAACCAGUGCCACAGACCAACCGUGCAAACGCCAUCCAAAUAGAAAUAGCCUGGCUAGCUAAAAACGCUCAAUCGAUGACGGCGACGCUAAAAAAUAAAGUGGCAGAGCUAAUGAGAUGGAUAGAAUCACGUACGGGCAUUAGGAGAAGGAGCUUAGACUACCGUGAAUCAGAUGAUGCAUGGGGCGUAAACUCAAAAACUCGAAUGUCAAUUCACGAUUGGUACAAUUUCAAUGGCUGGUGUGGACAUCAACAUGUACCUGAUAACGAACACUGGGACCCAGGACAGAUAGACAUUCAGUAUCUUCUCACACAUGGCGUCCAAGAAACCAUUUAUGAGGUUAGCGUUUACACUGGCGAUGUUUCUUUCGGUGGGACGAGUGCCUCUGUUAGCAUCGCUCUGGCAGGUGAGUGGGACUAUACACAGAAGUUCACUUUUUCUUCUCCUAACAGUGGCUCGUUUAGUAGUGGAGACGUGGGUGUGGUCAGUAUACGCACAAAUAAAGUAUUAGGCACUUUGAAGCGUCUUAUUAUUAGUCAUGACAACAAAGGUACUUCACCUGGUUGGUACGUAGACAAGGUGGUGGUGACAAGAAGUGAAGGGUCAAACAAGUAUAAACACACGUUUCCGUGCAAUAGAUGGCUGGCAGUGGAUGAAGAUGAUGGUAGAACAGAAAGAGUGUUGACCUUGAGCAGAGCACACGACCGACCAGAAGAACAAGACGAAUUGACAGUUGGUAUGAUAGCAGAUGGUUUGAGUGAAUGCUCAACCAGUUCAUCCCGAGGUCUCUCAUCCCAAAUUCUGCAUCAGCUCCAUUGUGAUCAUCCUGGUCUCCUUGCUGAGAUCCAUUCGUUCAAGCAGCUAUGCAUGCCGGACAAUGUGCUACCGUACCUCCAUAAGGAUGCUGCCGCAGCGUUAAAGACGGUUCUAAUGGGAUCUAAUAUUUCUGCCGUUGUAACGUCGGCAUUGCGCACUGUUGUUGAGCAGUACAUCUUGUACGCAUGGGGCUCCAACUCAAGAUGCGGUCACUCGGAGAUAGAAGAUAAGCCGGGAAAGUCUGAUUACAUGAAGGGGGUAGCUCUAGACGUAUCAUCGUAUGACGACUUCAAGCAGGUAAUAUUAGGAAGCAACUCUCAAUGGCACAGUGGAACCAAUCAAGAAAAGUUCACGUUCCCUACCGCUCCAGACAAUCUCCAAAAGACUCUCGUACAAUCUUUCCAGAAGAUUUGGAAUGUCAAUCAUCCAACAGACAAAGUCGUUGAAGACGGUCUGUAUGGACCUCAAACUGAACAGGCACUAAGAAGUGCCCCCGCCAAAGGCUUUCUGCAGACACCCUCGUGCUCUUUUUCUGCAGUCGUUGUCCCAUGUUGUGUCUCAAUGACAAGACGAGGCUUAUGUGUCGCUCCCAAUCAAUGCCACUCGAAAGAUAAGAUUACUACACAACACCAGUGUGCUAAUCAUCACUCAACAGUUUGCUGUGCACAAGACAUCAAUAGUAACUCUAUGUCACCAAAAGUUGUGCCGUCCACAGAAUAUAUCUACAUUCUUGACAUUUACACCGGCGAUCGACAAGAUGCAGGAACAGACGCUGACAUUUAUGUUUCUCUGACCGGAAGUGGAGGAACAAGCGAUCCUGCUCUACUUGAUCACAUCUGGCAAAACGACUUUGAAAAAGGGUCUAACAACAAGUAUUCAAUCAAAAGCAGCGUUAACUUGGGAGAAAUAAAGAGCAUCCGAAUAGGCCACAACAGCCGCUUGUUCGGUAGUGGUUGGUAUCUAAAGAAGGUCAUAGUAGAAGACCUAACUUCGCUACGUGUUCGGAAGUACACUUUUGAAUGUGAAUGUUGGCUAGAUAGCUCAACAGGAGACACCUGGGCUACACUCAAAGCAAAGAACGACGAUCAAGCAAGCAACACCGCACAAACCUGUUUUAGACAAGUCAACGUGUACGAAGAAAAAGCGAAAGGGACGGCAGUUGUCGACGCUGUCAUCAGACGCAUUGAGUCUUCCUCCAUAUUUCCGAACGACCAUGGUUUAUUGAGAAAAAUUGCGUGGGUGGAAAGCAAGUUUGGAGAACAUCCGAACACGUUCCGUACGGGAGACAUCGGAGUGGGAAUAUGGCAAAUAGAUCUUAUAGGACUGACAGCCACAAAAGACACGGCAUCUCAUCCAAACCUGAAACAAAAACACGACGCCAUUAAGAAAAAAUUUGCGAUUGUGUGGAAUUCCGUGAAAAUGAUUGACUUCCAUAAACCUAUUUACUGUGGAUUAGCAGCUCGUCUGCUGCUUUCAAACGUGAAAGAAGCCAUUCCAAAAGAAGACGACAAACAGGCUGCUUACUGGAAGAAACAUUACAACAGCUAUGAGGGAGACGGCAGCGAAACUAAAUUUUUAUCAGAUAUACAAACAAUCCCGCCCAUGGCAUCUGCGGAGGAUGAAACCUGUGAAAAAUCCACGAAUGACUAUUCACCGAAAUCUUCAAAUCGACAAGGUACACGUACAAUCAAUGAUGUUGUUCGUGGCGAGCAAGGAUGUUCAAUUGUUUCUAGUUAUCCGUUGUCAGUACAAAUCAUGCAGCAGUUAGCUUGCAAACUGCCGCACGUGGCGGAGAUAAUGUCUGGUCACGAGAAGCUCUGCUUUAGCAGCAACGCUUUUCCGUAUCUCAGCAAUGCUGCGGCUUCUUCGCUAACGCAACAACUGCAAUCAUCCACUUUUGCAGCAUUCACGGUAUCCGAAGGUCUCGAACCGUUGCCAUAUCAGUACAUUCGCUGGAAAUGGUCCAAAUCGGGUUUGUGCAACAUGCGAGUUUCCAAUCAAGUGGGAAACGGGCCGUUUUCCGACGGCAUGUCUAUUCGGGUAGUAGAAGCAACAGACUUGGACUCAAUUCUUCCGGACUCAGAGUGGCAGAGUUCUAAUUCUCCAUACACAUACUUCACGCACGUGACCAGCAAAGCAGCAAAUUUGACAUCACUUCAAGUGAGGGCUUUCCAAGAGUUAUGGAAAGCUAACCACCCCCAGACAACCAUCACUCCAACUGGCCAAUUUGACGGCGACACCGAAAAGGCUCUAUUACAGGCACCUGCUGAUGGAUUUUCUCUAGGAGCUCAGUGUGGUGGCGCCACACCACGAAUCUCUUGCUGCACAGGAGACAAAAAGAAAGGAACGUGCAUGGAACCUUCCAACUGUCCCGACGCAAACGAACGCAAUGGACCAUGUAAUGAAGUCUCAAAUUCUGUCUGUUGCUUAGGUGUUCCACCUGUUGAGGUAGAGUUUCCCAGUGGAGUAAAAUUACAACCCACCCUUCCACCUCCUGGCCGCGAAACAGAAUUCAGGGAUCCCAUCAAUUCCGGCACGUUUCUCUUUGACGGUACUGGCAAGAAAACAUUACGGGCGGCAACAAACUUUCAAUUUGGCGAGUUUAUGGAUCCAACCAGCAAUUAUUUCCGUCUUUCUCCUAUCUUGGUACGCUGCCUGCAGUCUGUACGCAGUAAAGCAAACGAGCCGGUUAUUGUGAAGAAAGCCUAUAGAAUUGCGUCCACAUCUGUGCAAUCCAAAAAUGACAGCUCGUCAUACAGCAGCGGAACGGCUGCUGUUAUUCGGUUUCGUACCAAUGAUCGAGAGCUAGCAAUGACAGAGUUAGUUUUGAGGAACUGCCUACCGGAUGUUAGACGUCACGGAAAGGAUGUAGGGCUGGGAUUAAUGUCUGACAGCAUCCACCUUGACCUGAGAGAUAAACUUUCAGCGUGGAGCACGGACAUGGCGUCCAUGACGACCGCCAGUUACAAGGCAUGGGUGCAAGCUAAAUUACGAGAGAUUGAAGACAAGGUUGAACUACUUCCAUCUUGCAAGACACAGCAAGAAUUACGUCACGGCCAGGUUUACCCAUCGGGAAAGACAAACUUCGAAACAUGCGGGAAGAUCGAUUCUCGCAUCGAACGAUUCUCUGAAGACUUUUCGAGGCUCUUACAGUUUGCUGGAGAUCAAGCUUUGUUUGAAAAUGAAGAAAGAUCUGAACAAUGGUGUGGUGUCCCUAGUGUGUCGUGUGUCGACUGCAGAUGGUCUAUCGCUGGGUCAUCGACACAACUGAAGUGUGCAGACAGAAUGAUGAGUGAGAGACUAGAAGAUCGUGUCUGGAGGCUCGCUCGGUUAGUGAAACGCGAAUGGCCAAAACGAAAACUGAUUGUGCAUGAAGCAUGGGACGAGCGCGAUUCUCGUUUCCCAGAUGGUUCUCACAGCGCCGACUCUCUGUAUUACGAGGGUCGAUCCGCUAGGGUCUCUGUCAGCACAGAGAUCAAAGACACCACUACAUUCCCACCUUCCGACAACAACGUUUUACAGCGGCUCUCGGCUCUUGCCAUUUGCGCAGGCUUCGACCACGUCUCACACGCCACAACCAACUAUUUACAGGUGUCUGUAAAGAAAUCGGACGGUGUCGGAACUGUAGAGACAUUUCCAUCGGCGCAGUUUCUCUGCGUUCUUCCUCCCGACGCAGACAAAGCUCUCUACGCCAUCGAUGAAGCCGAUCCUCGUUGGCUACCCACGUGUCUUUACGACAGCGACGCCCGUCUUCUACAGCCUCUCACAACUACAUUUUCUCUUCAGCAGUUUGUACCUGUCAACUCCUCUCGCUACUUCCGACUGCAUCCCCAAUUAGUAGAAUCCGUUGAAGACGUAAAUAAGUACAUGCAGAAGAUGUUUGGUGUAGGUAUAUCUAUAGUGAGAGGAUACCAAACGGAGAGUACCGUCGGUGAGACACACAGACUUCAUCAUUUUGGCCAGGGGUUGGAAAUAAAAUUGAAUGACUCCAAAUCGAGCACGACAGUACAACAGUUGGCUUCUGCAGUAGUUGAGACCGCCGGUCACGACUUUACAACCAGUGGACUGGGAUUUGGUAUCGAAUUGGGCCGGUCCAGUGUGUAUUAUCAUGUUAGUCAUGGAGAUAUAGAGUCAUGGGUAACUGAUGAUUCGUCCAUGACAAGCUCUGAGUUUGAGCAGCUUGUUUCUGUCGGAAUAGAACGAGCGAGUAGACGAAUAGAACCCUUCGACAAACAGCGUUCCUGCACCAUCUUUCCUCCCAUGCGUCAGUCUCCUGAUUACCAAUGGCAAGCCUCCGGUCCAGACAGUUCUACAGCUACGUCUGAUCUUUCUCAGUUUUGUCGUGACACUGCGAAGUAUCGGAAAGAACAAGCUGACAGCUUAUGGGACGAACUAACUCCUAGACAUUUUAUCCGCCCCAAGGAAGACGUUAAGAAUGCACUGACCAAUUGCAUGGAAACUCACUGCGGAAAGCAUUUUGAAGGAGAUGUCUGGAACAAAAAAUCGGAACACUGCAACAACUUCGUCCACUGGUUACCACUGAGUUUCGGCGUUACUGAAAGCAGUGGAGCCAUAUACUUGAGAGAAAACGGCGACGCAAGACAGCAGGCAUGCAUCGUGGCAGGACGAAACUGUAUAGAGAAAACAGAGAUCUACUCUUUGAUAGCUCCAAGACUAGGAGCUUUGUAUCCACUGAAAGAAGGCAAGAGUGCUAAGGAAGAAAUAUACUCAGCAGCAAACAAUCCGAGCCCUCUGUUUCAAAUCAUGCAACAAGUAUUUGCUAUGCACCUAGAAGGAACCGUCACUGUGUGGGCAAAAGAUAGAAGUGAAAUGUCUUCACUCAGAAAUAUUAUCAAGGCUGUGAUGGCUUAUAAUCGAAACGUCACGAAGGUAACAUUCUAUGCAUCGUCACCUAACGUUGAUAAAGUGAGGUCAUGGUUGGAGAGCAGCAUCCUGCAGUGGGCGGCUACAGUUUGUCCCCAACAUGGCCGGAAAUACAUUGCUGAUUACGAGGUGAAGGAGAUGCCCUCGUUGCCGACGAAACGAGACGUCGACGGCUCCUACCAUGCUUACAAUCAACUGCGAGCUCAUGAAAUGGAGUGGAUCAGUAAUCUGUAGUGGGGAUGGGUUAGCAAGCUACACGUUGCAGGAUCGGGUUACAUACACGUAUCUAGUAAAUGUUCGUGAAAAAUUUUUCUUCCUCUAGGUUGCUUGAUCGGUAUACUAAAACAGCAUGCAAUUUUUGGGCGUGGUUGGCAGUGGGUAAGUGGUUCGUACGUGAUAUAGCAACUAGAGUAUAAAACGUCGAUCGAUAUAGAGCAAGUUGUCUUCGAUAGAGACGUACGAUGACUGUAUACAGAUACAAGUAUGA